AUGCCUGCUUCAAAUUAUCGCGUUGUUGAGCCUCACCCCUCCGUGCCUCACACCACCCGCCCGGCGGUGUACACAGGUCGCGGAGGCCAGGGCAAUGUCAUCAGCCUGAAGAACACCAAGACCACCGACUCUCGCACGGCCACCGGCCCUGCGUCGCUCACUCGUCUCGACUCACGCGCGCCGUCGACUUUCACCUCCGGCCGUGGCGGUGCCGGCAACGUCCACAACUCCAGCGAGCGCGCCAUCUUUAGCUUCGACGAAGAACUCGAGCGCGAUCUUCGCCGUGCCGCCCCAGUCUACCACGUCGGCCGCGGUGGCGCCGGCAAUAUGAUGUACCGCGACGAUUCCAGCUCCAGCUUGAGCCGCAAGUACUCAGCCGCCAGUACCGCCACCAACAGCAGCACCGGUUCCGUUGCUGAUCGUGCUCGCGACAUGGCCCGCCGGGGUCUCGAGAAGGGUUGGGGCAAGAUCAAGGGUGCCGCUUAA